AUGCGCUCUCGAUACACCUGCCAGCAGUGUCUGGCUACUCUCGGAGCGACUCUGAGGCCCAGGCCGCAGUUGGUCCAGCAGUGGCCCGCCGCUGGUCGAAGAUGGCUCAGCAGUAAACCCCCGACGCCGGUAGCGGCAGCGACUCAGGCCGUGAACAGCAGAAGGAGGCUGUCGUCGCUCGAGGCACAGCGUCAGACAGCGCCGGAAGAACCCCUACAAUAUCCCUCGCCAGCCGGACUCGAGUACACGCCCGCGCCGCAGACUAACAACCGCGUCCUCCUCCAGCCCGACAACCUCUUCCACCCUUUCUCCAAGUCUCCCUCGCCCGACAUCCGCCGAAGAGCAGCCUUCAUCAAGCAGCACGCACUAUGUCCACACCCCUCCCACCAGCAGACCCGCCAGCCCACCCAGCCCGAUGACCGAGAAGCCCUGAAACCCGCGACAGGCGGCCUUCCACCCACCCACGUCCGCUUCGAAUGCCUGGACUGCGGCAUACCCACAUACUGCAGCGAAGAGCACUGGGCAGACGACUACGAAUCGCAUCUUGAGAUAUGCGAAACUCUCCGCCAGAUCAAUGAAGACGACCACGAUCUGCGCUCCGGCCGCUUCUUUCCCGAGUUCGAGUACCCCGGCCCGCAGAUGGAGGAGGCGCUUGUGAACAUGACAAACUGGGAUACGUUCUUGUACAGCAGGGAGUUCAGGGCGAUUGAUGACGACCGAAGCCUUCGCCAGGCGACCCGGCUGCUGACAUACCCCGUUACCAUCGGUAGUAUACUGCAUGAGCUCUCGCCGUACAACAUCAAGCGGGGCGGUCGACUGACAGUCGAGGGCCUCAAGAGCUUAAGCGCUCUCCGAUACACACUCCAUCCCCCCCGCACAGGCGCCGGCCCCGACAUCAAAGGUCUCCGUCCAACCCCACCUCCCGUCCGGCUUUUCAUCCUCGGCGCCCGCGCUGAAUCCUCCCUGCCACGCGAAGUCUGGAUCCAGCUCUCGCACCUCUUCCCGCGCGUCUCGCUGCACCUCAUCUUCAUCGGCCCUGAAUCAAUGGCAAACCGCGAUGCCGAAUUCCCUUUGCCACCCCGCACGCCCAGCAACCCCUUCGGCGCCAUCGUCGAAGACCGCAUCAGCAACCAACUCAAGAUCAGCACCUUCGUUGAGUACUACCACACGCUGCACCAGGCGGGGGUCUUCUACCCCUACGAUCCGUACUUUGACGCGUUUAUGCUGUUUCACCCCGGCCUGGGGCACCCCGCCAGCGCGCACGAGUGGGCGGAGACGCUGCCGUUGUUGCUCGAGACCAAGGUACCGAUCUUAGCGACGGGGUAUACGGAGUGGGAUAUGCAGCGGGAUCUGAGCUGGGUGAAGGAGAGGAUGGGUGGGGAGGUGGACGUGUUGCUCGAGCCUGGGGAGAAUAGGUUUAGGAGCCUCCGGUGGGAUUUGAAUGAUUUGGAUCCCCAGGAUGUGAGUUGUGGGAAUUGGGGGGUGUGGGGGUUUAGGGGGAAGAGGUAUGAGGCAACGAGGAGGGAUGAGGAAUAA